ACAUUACAGUAAAGAGGUUCAGAAAAGAGGGAGACUUCACCCGGAACUCCCAAGGCUUGGAGGUGUGAUCCCCCAAAAGUUUAGUCGGCGAAUGGGAGACUGAAGGGUGACGGGAAAGGGGCAGGCGCGCUCGGCGCUCUGACUGGGCGUGCGGCGGCAGGAUUUUAAAGCGCUCUGCCUCGGAUCGCCUGCCCCGGGUGACCUCCCAGACCUGCCCUGGUGGAAUCCGGACUUGCCCCGCCGAGAUGACGAGGAGUAAUUCUGCUACAAGGCUGAUUUCAAGGACAUGAAUUGUUGACCUCAUCCCAACAUCAGAACCUCAGAUGUUCUAAUUUUUGCACCAUUCCAGGCAAGUUGAUCUUAUAAGGAAAUAAAAUUGAACCUUAGGGGUCUGAUGGAAACUCACUGUGACAUUCAAAUCAAGAAAACUUGCUGAUGCCCACGGAGCCUUUUCCCCAUGGGCCCUGAUGGUAGCCUCCAGAAGGUGCAGCCUCAGGUGGUCCCCCUUCUUCUGUGGCAAGAAUAAACUUUGGGUCUUGGAUUGCAAUACCACCUGUGGAGAAAAUGGUAUGCGAGGGAAAGCGAUCAGCCUCUUGCCCUUGUUUCUUCCUCUUGACCGCCAAGUUCUACUGGAUCCUCACAAUGAUGCAAAGAACUCACAGCCAAGAGUAUGCCCAUUCCAUACGGGUGGAUGGGGACAUUAUUUUGGGGGGUCUCUUCCCUGUCCACGCAAAGGGAGAGAGAGGAGUGCCUUGUGGGGAGCUGAAGAAGGAAAAGGGGAUUCACAGACUGGAGGCCAUGCUUUAUGCAAUUGACCAGAUUAACAAGGACCCUGAUCUCCUUUCCAACAUCACUCUGGGUGUCCGCAUCCUCGACACAUGCUCUAGGGACACCUAUGCUUUGGAGCAGUCUCUAACGUUUGUGCAGGCAUUAAUAGAGAAAGAUGCUUCGGAUGUGAAGUGUGCUAAUGGAGAUCCACCCAUUUUCACCAAGCCUGACAAGAUUUCUGGCGUCAUAGGUGCUGCAGCAAGCUCCGUGUCCAUCAUGGUUGCUAACAUUUUAAGACUUUUUAAGAUACCUCAAAUCAGCUAUGCAUCCACAGCCCCAGAGCUAAGUGAUAACACCAGGUAUGACUUUUUCUCUCGAGUGGUCCCGCCUGACUCCUACCAAGCCCAAGCCAUGGUGGACAUCGUGACAGCACUGGGAUGGAAUUAUGUGUCGACACUGGCUUCUGAGGGGAACUAUGGUGAGAGCGGUGUGGAGGCCUUCACUCAGAUCUCGAGGGAGAUUGGUGGUGUUUGCAUUGCUCAGUCACAGAAAAUCCCACGUGAACCAAGACCUGGAGAAUUUGAAAAAAUUAUCAAACGCCUGCUAGAAACACCUAAUGCUCGAGCAGUGAUUAUGUUUGCCAAUGAGGAUGACAUCAGGAGGAUAUUGGAAGCAGCAAAAAAACUAAACCAAAGUGGGCAUUUUCUCUGGAUUGGCUCAGAUAGUUGGGGAUCCAAAAUAGCACCUGUCUAUCAGCAAGAGGAGAUUGCAGAAGGGGCUGUGACAAUUUUGCCCAAACGAACAUCAAUUGAUGGAUUUGAUCGAUACUUUAGAAGCCGAACUCUUGCCAACAAUCGAAGAAAUGUGUGGUUUGCAGAAUUUUGGGAGGAGAAUUUUGGCUGCAAGUUAGGAUCACAUGGGAAAAGGAACAGUCAUAUAAAGAAAUGCACAGGGCUGGAGCGAAUUGCUCGGGAUUCAUCUUAUGAACAGGAAGGAAAGGUCCAAUUUGUAAUUGAUGCAGUAUAUUCCAUGGCUUACGCCCUGCACAAUAUGCACAAAGAUCUCUGCCCUGGAUACAUUGGCCUUUGUCCACGAAUGAGUACCAUUGAUGGGAAAGAGCUACUUGGUUAUAUUCGGGCUGUAAAUUUUAAUGGUUGCCUCAGAGGGAUCCAGAUGUCUCUACCCUGGACAACUCUUUUUACUCCUUCAUUUUUUCAGUCGUUGCGCAGUGCUGGCACUCCUGUCACUUUUAAUGAAAACGGAGAUGCUCCUGGACGUUAUGAUAUCUUCCAGUAUCAAAUAACCAACAAAAGCACAGAGUACAAAGUCAUCGGCCACUGGACCAAUCAGCUUCAUCUAAAAGUGGAACACAUGCAGUGGGCUCAUAGAGAACAUACUCACCCGGCGUCUGUCUGUAGCCUGCCGUGUAAGCCGGGGGAGAGGAAGAAAACGGUGAAAGGGGUCCCUUGCUGCUGGCACUGUGAACGCUGUGAAGGUUACAACUACCAGGUGGAUGAGCUGUCCUGUGAACUUUGCCCUCUGGAUCAGAGACCCAACAUCAACCGCACAGGCUGCCAGCUUAUCCCCAUCAUCAAAUUGGAGUGGCAUUCUCCCUGGGCUGUGGUGCCUGUGUUUGUUGCAAUAUUGGGAAUCAUCGCCACCACCUUUGUGAUCGUGACCUUUGUCCGCUAUAAUGACACACCUAUCGUGAGGGCUUCAGGACGCGAACUUAGUUACGUGCUCCUAACAGGGAUUUUUCUCUGUUAUUCAAUCACCUUUUUAAUGAUUGCAGCACCAGAUACAAUCAUAUGCUCCUUCCGACGAAUCUUCCUAGGACUUGGCAUGUGUUUCAGCUAUGCAGCCCUUCUGACCAAAACAAACCGUAUCCAUCGAAUAUUUGAGCAGGGGAAGAAAUCUGUCACAGCACCCAAGUUUAUUAGUCCAGCAUCUCAGCUGGUGAUCACCUUCAGCCUCAUCUCCGUCCAGCUCCUUGGAGUGUUUGUCUGGUUUGUUGUGGAUCCCCCCCACAUCAUCAUUGACUAUGGAGAGCAGCGGACACUAGAUCCAGAGAAGGCCAGGGGAGUGCUCAAGUGUGACAUUUCUGAUCUCUCACUCAUUUGUUCACUUGGAUACAGUAUCCUCUUGAUGGUCACUUGUACUGUUUAUGCCAUUAAAACGAGAGGUGUCCCAGAGACUUUCAACGAAGCCAAACCUAUUGGAUUUACCAUGUAUACCACCUGUAUCAUUUGGUUAGCUUUCAUCCCCAUCUUUUUUGGUACAGCCCAGUCAGCAGAAAAGAUGUACAUCCAGACAACAACACUUACUGUCUCCAUGAGUUUAAGUGCUUCAGUGUCUCUGGGCAUGCUCUAUAUGCCCAAGGUUUAUAUUAUAAUUUUUCAUCCGGAACAGAAUGUUCAAAAACGCAAAAGGAGCUUCAAGGCUGUGGUGACAGCUGCCACCAUGCAAAGCAAACUGAUCCAAAAAGGAAAUGACAGACCAAAUGGCGAGGUGAAAAGUGAACUCUGUGAGAGUCUUGAAACCAACACUUCCUCUACCAAGACAACAUAUAUCAGCUACAGCAAUCAUUCAAUCUGAAACAGGGAAAUGACACAAUCUGAAGAGAUGUGGUAUAUGAUCUUAAACAAUGAAUAUGAGACUGCAAAAAUUCACUCCUGGAGAUCUCCAUAGACUACAAUCAAUCAAAUCAAUAGUCUUGUAAGGAACAAAAAUUAGCCAUGAGCCAAAAGUAUCAAUAAACGGGGAGUGAAGAAACCCGUUUAAUACAAUAAAACCAAUGAGUGUCAAGCUAAAGUAUUGCUUACUCAUGAGCAAUUAAAAAACAAAAUCACAAAAGGAAAACUAAUGUUAGCUUGUGAAAAAAAAAUGCUGUUGAAAUAAAUCAUGUCUGAUGUUAUUCUUGUAAGUAUUUUUCUGUGAUUGUGAGAACUCCCGUUCCUGUCCCACAUUGUUCAACUUGUAUAAGACAAUGAGUCUGUUUCUUGUAAUGGCUGACCGGAUUGAAGCCCUGGGUUGUGCUAAAAAUAAAUGCAAUGAUUGAUGCAUGCAAUUUUUUAUACAAAUAAUUUAUUUCUAAUAAUAAAGGAAUGUUUUGCAAAUGUU